AUAUUAAAUAAAUAUUAUGAUUAAAUAUUUUCAGAAGAGGAUGUUCAAAUUGUUGUGAUAAAAGAAACUUAGAUAGUUAAAAAAUGGCAAGUUUAUGUGUAGCUUAUUUUUUAUGGUUGUUUGGUGGAUUUUUGGGUCUUCACCAUUUUUAUCUUGGAAGAGAUAAACAAGCUUUUCUUUGGUGGUGCUUUCCAGGAGGAUAUUUUGGUGCUGGUUGGAUCCGAGAUCUAUGGAGAAUACCAGAAUAUGUUGCAGACUGUAAUAAUGAGCCAUCACAUGUCAGAUCCAUAAAAGAGAAGAUGAAGGAGCAGGAGAUCCCUGCCUGGAAGAUGGCCAGGUGGUCCGGAAUGCUCGUUGUUGGAAACAUGUUUGGUUUACUCCCUGGAAUGGCAAUACCAAAUAAAGAAGAUUUAGGAGCAGAUCUUUCCUUCUUGAAACCCCUGCUGAACCCUCUCGGUACUGCCAUUGGUAUCUGGCUGGUGGGAAAUGUUGGCAGAUGGAAAGGAAGUAUAUUACAUCCUUUGAUUGGUUGUUAUCUAACCCUUCCCCUCUUCUUCUUCGGGAUCAAUCCAGGCUCAUUAUCUACUCUUGUUGGAGCAUAUUGUUUCCGGCGUAGAUGGCGUGGUAUUGAACGUGAGUGUACGCCUAGCUGGAGGCGUGUACUGACCCUUGUUGUGUGUGGUCUCCUCUAUACCGGGCUGUGGUCCAGCUACCUCUACUACAACGCCGAGGUGGUCCACAACGGGGACAAGAUCAAGCUCAGGGACGCCGUUGGAAACUUCCUCAAGUCUCCUCUUGCCCAGGAGUUUGGUCGAAGUCUAGGUGAGCACUGGAAACAUAUGAAGGAGCAAGGAUUUUGGUCAACCUACACCCGCUUCAUCGACAGCUUGGAUCCAUUUGGAGAGAAAAAUGCGCUCAAGGUUCUUGGAUUACAACCAGGGGCUACUCAGGAGGAGAUCAGAUCAAAAUACAGAGAAUUAUCAAAACAAUGGCACCCAGAUAAGGUGAAGGAGAACAAGGAGGAGGCACAAGAGAGGUUUGUUGAGAUCCAGCAGGCAUACGAGAACCUCAGCAAGAUCAAGAGCAGAAGGGCCAGGGCAAACAGGAAGGUUGUGAGAGAGGACAGCACGGUGAACCAGGAGAAGAUGAGGAGGGAGGAGGAGGAGUUGGGAGAGGAAUGGAACGAUGCUUUCUCUGAAGAGAUUGAUCCUAAACUAGAACUUUAAAUAUUUAGAAUAAUUUAGAAUCACUUUUUUGAACUAAACGUAAUUCUAAUUAGCCCUGUAAUUUAAAAGUACCAUCCAGGAUAAACAAUCAGCACUUAUCUCGAUAUUUUCUAUUUUAAAUUUAAAACAUUGCGGGAUCGUUCUUAAAUCUUUACAGCUGGAUUUAUGCAGCAUUGAGUAGAGAUCUAUUGGCAGUGAUUUGUCGGUUUCUGAUUAGAUCAAAAAGGUACUUGAUAUUGCUUUUUAAUAAAAUAAUAAUAAUAAUAAUCAGUCAAUCCUUCAAUCUGAGAUUUCAAGCUUGAACUCCCCUCCGUUUAAGUUUAAGAUUAUAUUAUUUUAAAAAUCCUUUAAGUCUACCAUGGUAAAAGUUGUUAUUCACGUUGUAAUUACGUCUACACUCACCGCAACUAAACCUCAACUGUAAAACAACAUCACAUCGAAUGCACAAUUUUGUUUUUCUUCUUGUACCAUGAACAUUGAACAAUACAACCUAUGCAGUAUGCACUAUGCAGUAUGCACCCAACUUUUUUGUAAACACUUUCGUGUGUCAUCUUUAAUUUAUGUUUUGUCAUUCUUGCGAAUAUUUGUAUGCACUAAUAAUAUUAAAAAGAAAACUGCUUUGAUAAAAAUUGUACAACACAAAUUGAUAUUACUAUGUUAAAACAUUCCAAGGGCCUUAUGUUAUGAAACUUAUUUGUUGACUAAAAUAUGGCUCAAUUUACUUUUAAUUUUGUAAAAUUCUCGAACACAGUAUUUUGAAAGUAACCCUGAAUUCUGAAAAAUGGCUUCCAAUUUGUGAUAAAUAAGAUGAACAGUGUUAGGAUAAAAUCAAGAAAUCUAAGAUCAUGUCAUUUAAAUAUUAUUUGUUAUAAUUUUCUACCAAUUGUAAAAUGUUAUACGUUCAAACAACGCAUGAGAUACUUAG